CAGAAAGGAUGGGAUCCAUCCCAAUUAUCCUGACCUAAGCAAGCACAACAAUUUCCUGGCUGAAGGUUUGACGCCCUCCAACUAUAACAAACUUGUUGACCUUCGGACUCUCUCUGGUUACUCUGUGGAUGAAUGCAUGCAGACUGGUGUGGACAAUCCAGGACAUCCUUUCAUCAAAACUGUAGGAUUGGUGGCUGGAGAUGAAGAGUCUUUUGAUCUGUUUUGCGACCUCUUCGAUCCAGUUAUUGAUAAGAGGCAUAACGGAUAUCCUCGCAACGCGAAGCACCGUACUGAUCUCAACCCAGACAAUCUAAUCGGUGGAGACGACUUAGAUCCGAAGUACGUCCUAUCAUCUCGAGUUCGCACUGGCCGCUGCAUUAGAGGAUACGGCCUUCCACCAUACUGCUCGAGAGCUGAACGACGAGACGUAGAGAAACUUGUCACGGACGCACUUGCAACUCUAGAUGGGCCACUAAAAGGCACAUACUAUCCGUUGAAGGGCAUGACAAAUGAACAACAGGAUAAACUGAUUGAAGAUCAUUUCUUAUUCGACAAGCCUGUCUCUCCUCUGCUGACGGCAUCGCGUAUGGCUCGUGAUUGGCCCGAUGCAAGAGGAAUUUGGCACAACGCUGACAAGAACUUCUUGGUUUGGGUUAACGAGGAAGAUCAUACUAGAGUUAUUUCUAUGGAAAAGGGGGGUAACUUGAGGAAUGUCUUCGCACGGUUCUGCAAUGGCCUCAACAAGGUCGAAAGCGCACUCAAAUCAAAGGGUUAUGAAUUCAUGUGGAAUGAGCAUUUGGGAUAUGUAUUGACCUGUCCAUCCAAUCUUGGUACAGGUGUUCGUGCAGGUGUCCACAUCAAGAUUCCUAAUUUCAGCAGGCAUCCCGAUUUUCAAGCCGUUCUGAAGCAUUACAGAUUACAGAAACGCGGGACAGGAGGCGUCGACACUGCAUCAACUGAUGGUACUUUCGACAUAUCAAACCUUGACCGUCUAGGCACUUCUGAAGUUCAACAAGUUCAGACUGUGGUUGACGGUGUCAAGAAGUUGAUCGAAUUGGAAAAGGCUCUUGAAAGUGUUAGUCUCCUAAUUCCACGAGACCCAGCGGUUGUUCAAGCUGAACGUACGAAAGAAGGAUAUCCAGACUUCUCCAAGCACAAUAAUCACAUGGCCAACUGUCUUACAUACGACAUCUGGAAGAAUCUAAAGGAUAAGAAGACACCAAGUGGCUUUACUCUCGAAGACUGCAUUCGAACGGGAGUCAUGAAUCCCGGUCAUCCUCACAUCAUGACUGUCGGAAUGGUUGCAGGAGAUGAAGAAUCAUAUGAAGUUUUCGCUGACAUCUUUGACCCAGUGAUUGAUGCACGACAUGGAGGUUAUCCGAAAGAUGCAGUUCAUGUCACCAACUUGAAUUUUGCAGAUCUUAAAGGAGGAGAUAACCUGGAUCCGAAGUAUGUGCUGUCUUCUCGUGUGCGUACUGGACGUAGUAUUCGUGGGUAUUCUUUGCCCCCACAUUGCACCGUGGAAGAAAGAGCUGCUGUAGAGAAGAUAACAGUCGGAGUACUUGACAAAUUUGACGGAGAGCUGAAGGGAAAGUACUAUCCACUGGAAGGCAUGUCGGAAGAAAUGCAAUCAAAGCUGAUAGAGGACCAUUUCCUUUUUGACAAGCCUGUAUCACCACUUCUUACAGCUGCAAAAAUGCAUCGUGAUUGGCCUCAAGGAAGAGGAAUUUGGCAUAACGACAACAAGAACUUCUUGGUGUGGGUCAAUGAAGAAGAUCACAUCCGUGUCAUCUCUAUGCAGAAAGGUGGAAACAUGCGUGCCGUCUUUAAGCGGUUCUGUGAAGGCUUGCAAAAAUUCGAGCAGACAGUCAAGAAAGACGGCAAGGACAUCAUGUGGAAUAAACAUCUGGGUUACGUCCUUACCUGCCCCUCUAACCUGGGCACCGGCCUCCGUGGUGGCGUCCACGUGAAACUACCUCUUCUGAGCAAGUAUCCAAGAUUCGAACAGAUUCUAAGAGCCCUCCGUCUUCAGAAGAGAGGUACAGGUGGAGUUGAUACUGCCUCAACUGAUGGUACCUUUGACAUCUCUAACCUCGAUAGACUUGGUUCGUCAGAAGUACUACAAGUUCAGUUCGUUGUUGAUGGUGUUGAGCUUCUCAUCAAAUUGGAGAAAAAACUAGAGAAGGGAGAGGACAUAUUUGAUCUUCUACCAGAGCAAUGCCGCCCCAAGGCACCAAUAAAGCCUUUUAGUUCUGACUACCCUGAUUUCUCUCAACAUAACAAUUGGAUGGCCAAGUGCAUGACCGAAGAAAUCUACAACAAACUCUGCAACUUGAAGACAAAAGGUGGAGUUACCCUUAAUGACUGCAUCCAAACCGGAGUUGACAAUCCUGGACACCCUUACAUCAUGACCGUUGGUUUGGUAGCAGGAGAUGAAGAGUGCUAUCAGCUAUUCGCUCCUCUCUUCGACCCGGUUAUAAGUGCUAGGCAUGGUGGAUACACUGUUGAUGCCAAACACCCUACCAACCUCAAUGCAGCCGAACUCAAAGGCGGAGAUGAUUUGGAUCCUGAUUUCGUUCUGUCCAGUCGCGUCCGUACUGGCCGUUGCAUCCGCGGCUUUGCACUUCCCCCGUGUUGCACAAGAGCAGAGCGUGCAUCCGUUGAAAAGAUAACAGCUGAAGCAUUGGCGAGUUUAGAGGGACCAUUGAAGGGAAGGUACUACCCUCUCACCGGUAUGACAGAUGAAGAGCAAGAGAAGUUAAUCGCUGAUCACUUCCUCUUUGACAAACCCGUAUCCCCACUGUUGCUUUGUGCCAAUAUGGCACGCGAUUGGCCACAAGGUCGUGGUAUCUGGCACAAUGAUGAAAAGAAUUUCCUUGUCUGGAUCAACGAAGAAGAUCAUACUCGAGUCAUCUCUAUGGAAAAAGGAGGAAAUAUGAAGAGGGUGUUUGAGAGGUUCUGCGAUGGCCUGAAAAAGGUUGAAGAAUCCAUCAAAUCCAAGGGGUACCAAUUCAUGUGGAAUGAGCAUCUUGGUUAUGUGCUGACCUGUCCAUCCAACCUGGGCACAGGACUGCGUGCCGGUGUUCAUGUAAAGCUCCCUUUGUUGAGCCAACAAAAAUGCUUCGAUCAAAUCCUUGAUCACAUGCGUCUACAGAAGAGAGGUACAGGAGGCGUAGACACUGCCUCAACUGACGGCACCUUUGAUAUCUCCAACUCGGAUCGCAUUGGUUUCUCGGAAGUCCACCUUGUCCAACAACUCGUAGAUGGUGUCAAGCUCCUCGUCAACCUGGAGAAGGCUCUCAUGAAGGGAGAAGACAUCAACAAGCUCCUACCAGAAAAGUUACGUGCAGGAGCAGCAGCUAAGAAAUAAAGCUGACAUAAAAUCAAAGCAUCACUGGUAUUCUUAACUGAAAAUCGGGUUCAAAGUCGUUAGUGUAUCGCAAAUAAUACCCAAAUAUAAUAACACGUGUAUUUAACACAUACAUAAAUCCCGAGUAAAAUGUAAUCAGCAUGUAUUUUGCUGUUUUUCCACUGAAAAAGCAUUGUCUUUGGAUUUCGAAAGUAUUACCGUUAAAUGACAAAACACUACCUGUUGCAUUGUGACGGAGGAAAAGUACCCGCUCCCCGUUGGCUUUGUCAUCACAUCUUCGUAAUCCAAAACACAUAAACCUAGCAAACUGUAACAUAAAGGAAUCGUGCAGUGAAUGCAUAUUGGCCUCUCUUGACUUUUUAUAUAAUAAAAUAACACUUUGGCAUGUCAGCCAGGCAUAACAAGGGGGUAGUUGUGAGAUGUAUAUUGUUUUACGUGAAGAUAUCAAGAAACUUAGAAUAUGAAAUACCUAGGAACAUCACAGAUGAAAGACAGUAUCUUCGAUGACCCGCUUCAAAUAUAAUGCGGAUUUGAACACUGAACUAUAUUGACCAAGAUUGAAAGGAGCAAUGCUCUCGUCCAAAAUUAUGAUUGGUUUCGAUGAAACUAAACACUACUGUUAACAUCAAAUUUCUUUGGCCACAUGAAACAUUCCCUCCAUUCGUUACAGAUAUUUACAAAAACAGAUCGAAUAUCAGGACCAUCUUGACGGUGUAGGUACCACCAAGAAGCUGAAUCAUCGUUAUUAUAGAGAUGUUAAUAGAAGACUUCUGUGAUAAUGCGAUUAUAAAUCUUCAAAUAUUAAAAGGAAUUUGGAAUAAAAAGAAUAUUAAUUUGACGACAUGCACGAUAAGAUGAUUGAAAGGAUGUUCGUUUGAAGGUUUUUUUUUUCAGUGUUACCGCUGGCUAUCAUGGCUAAAGCGCAUACAAAUACCACCAUCAGUGGUUCCUAAACGAGUUGUUCCAAUAUCGUUUGUAUAAAUUCAUGUACAAUAAUAAUGUACCUUUCAACCAAAGGAAAGAUGAUAUCACACACAAAAAAUAAUAAUUAUAAUAUUCCUUGUACAUUUGGCUUUAGAAAUAUACGUAUAUUUAUUUUAUUUUUAAGUUCCGAAGUAAAACCAAGUGCGUAGUUACGUGAUAAUCAUGACAUAAUGUAUUCAAAGUAAUGAGCAACAAACAAAAUUAUAUUUGGUAGUUUGUGAAAGUCGGUCUAGGUUGAUUAUAAAGUGAAAUUGAUGUGAAUUUACCCAACAGAUCUAUAGUCACAGGCGGCUCUUGUGUUUUAUUUUGGUGUUAUUUUCUAAUGCCAAACAUACUUAGCGGUAAUGAUGAAAUUGUUCGUACCUUACAGUUUAUUGUGUUCCACUUCUUUUAUCUAGGUAGGUCUACUACCUGUCGUUAAUGGUCCUUCUUCUCGUUCUACAUUCUAGCGAUUGAAAAGACGAAAACAAUUUUGAAUUUUAGCAACCAUGCUCAGUUUGCUUCAUAUUGAUAGAUAUUUGUAUUUGUAUUCUUAUUGUGACCAACAUAAUAUACACACAUGGAGAUGUAGAAUCGAAUAUUAAUGAGAAUAAUUAUUUGAUUUUUUUUUCCUGUGCAGUAGUAAGUCAGCUUGGUAAGCAAGGUCUUGAUGUACAUAAUGUAAACAACUAAAAGUAACUCAACGAAUUCACGGUAUAAUAAUAAUAAUAAUAUAUUAAAGAAUAUAGCCAUAGUUAUAUAAGAAACGUUGUAGCAAAUAUAUUUUAUAACGGUUAAUUGUAUUAUUGCACAACUCACAAUUGGUUAACCUGCUGCAAAAUACUUUUUUUUUUGGUAGUAUAGCAUGAAGAUACAUCUUCAUUAUAGUUUAUCAUGAAUUUUUAAAUCACUUAUUACUUAUUAUUUCUAUAAAAAAAUCCCCACUUAAUGAUCAGAUCGAAUAAUGGUUAUUAAUUUAUGUUAUGCAUAUGUGUGAAUAUCUACUUUCUAUAGAUUCAACUCUUGGUUUUAAUGGAUUAAUAUAUUUCCAAAUAUAUGUAUUGGAAUAGGGUGUCUUCUUAGCAUAACGAUUUUUUAACAGUCAUGACUUUUAUUUUGCUGUUCCUAUUUUGAUUGAUUUGUUUGGUUUUUCUUCAUUAUUCAUUCAAUAUUACGUAAACUCAUCAUAAUAAAUAGAAAAUGUUUCAGUUUAAACAUCUAACAAAGAAUAUUUAUAUAAAAGCACAUGAAAUCAAAGUUUGCAAUCUGUUACAAUCAUAUCCAGGAGAAAAUAAUGCAUUUGGGGAAAUAAUGAAAAGCAUUUUGCUUACGUUGCAGUGUAGUUACUUUAUUAAAUUUUAUCUUCUUCAAAAAUCUAUAUUGCUUGGGUCUUGCACAUGGUUUUACCACUAGGUUACUCAAUGACUUCAUUUUGUGAUUAGAUUAUUAUUUGAAUUUGUGAUUUGGUUUGACGAGGCAAUGGUUUGAUUUACGCACGUCUAAAAUAUACCGUUUGUGUAAGAGGGUUUGCAAUUUUAGACACUGCCAUCAAAGAUAAAAAAAAACGAUCAAGAAUUGAUUCAAGAGCAUCGAUACGGAGAAAUUGAAUUACUCUGCUUAUCAGGCACAGGUGAAAAGAGAGUCAUUAUCUCCUUCUGGUGAUGAAUACUCGUUAAUACCCGAGUUGAAAGCUGGAGUUUGAUAUGAAAUGAAAAAGAAAUGGAAAUGAAAUACCCAUGAAGAGAUUCUGAUCUGAAUAAAAGAACUGAAAUAUGCAACCUCA